ACCUGUAAGUAUCGCAAAAGUUUUUCGAAAUAAAUUUGCAAUCAUCGCGUCUAUUUAUGAUGAAAAUAAAUAAUUUCUAAUCGAAAUUGAACGUUGAAAAGAAGGCAAAAUGCGUAAGAUUAUGAAAAGUGGCAAAGUCGUAAUCGUCCUCUGUGGACGUUACGCCGGUCGCAAGGCCGUUGUUGUGAAAACAUUUGAUGACGGUACAGCCGAUAAGCAAUUUGGCCAUGCUCUAAUUGCUGGCAUCGAUCGGUAUCCACGCAAAGUAACAAAGAAGAUGGGCAAAGCAAAAUUGAAGAAGAAGUCCAAGAUAAAGCCAUUCCUCAAGACCUUAAAUUACAAUCACUUGAUGCCAACCCGAUACAGCGUCUCAGAUGUAGCAUUGGAAAAGGUGACCGUGAAAGAUCUUAAGGAUCCAGUCAAACGAAAGACACACCGCUUCCAGACACGAGUCAAAUUCGAGGAAAAGUACAAGGCGGGAAAAAACAAAUGGUUCUUCACGAAACUGCGAUUCUAGAUGCUGUUGCACAUUUCAUAAACCAUCAAAACCUGUUGUUUAUGAAUAAAGUUUGUAAACAAU